GGCACCUCCUGCCAGGCAGGCGGUGGGGAGGGGUCCCGGCAGCCGGGCCGGAAGCUGCCGGCAGCUGUCUGCGUCCGGCUUCCGGGGCGUGCGGCUCGUUGGGGUCUCUCUCCGCCCGGCCUCGUGUAUCCUGCGGCGGCUCCCUGGUGGUGCCGGACGCGUUCCCGCCGCCAUGAGCGUGGGCUUCAUCGGCGCGGGCCAGCUGGCCUGUGCCCUGGCGCGGGGCUUCACGGCGGCAGGGAUCCUGUCGGCUCACAAGAUCAUAGCCAGCUCCCCGGAAAUGGACCUGCCCACGGUGUCCUCGCUCAGGAAGAUGGGCGUGAACCUGACCCGAAGCAACAAGGAGACGGUGAGGCACAGUGACGUCCUGUUCCUGGCUGUGAAGCCGCACAUCAUCCCCUUCAUCCUGGACGAGAUCGGGGCGGAUGUGCAGGCCAGGCACAUCGUGGUGUCCUGUGCUGCUGGUGUUACCAUCAGCUCUGUGGAAAAGAAGCUGAUGGCCUUCCAGCCGACCCCCAAGGUGAUUCGCUGCAUGACCAACACACCCGUGGUGGUGCGGGAGGGCGCCACGGUGUACGCCACGGGCACCCACGCCCUGGUGGAGGAUGGCAGGCUCCUGGAGCAGCUCAUGAGUAGCGUGGGGUUCUGCACGGAGGUAGAGGAGGACCUGAUUGACGCCGUCACGGGGCUCAGCGGCAGUGGGCCUGCUUACGCAUUUAUGGCCCUGGACGCAUUGGCUGAUGGUGGGGUGAAGAUGGGCCUGCCUCGGCGCCUGGCGGUCCGCCUGGGGGCCCAGGCCUUGCUGGGCGCUGCCAAGAUGCUGCUGGAUUCAGAGCAGCACCCAGGCCAGCUCAAAGACAAUGUCUGCUCCCCCGGAGGGGCCACCAUCCACGCCCUGCACUUCCUGGAGAGUGGGGGUUUCCGCUCCUUGCUCAUCAACGCUGUGGAGGCCUCCUGCAUCCGCACACGAGAGCUGCAGUCCAUGGCUGCCCAAGAGAAGGUCUCGCCCGCUGCCCUCAAGAAGACCCUCCUGGACAGAGUGAAGCUGGAAUCCCCCACAGUGUCCACGUUGACCCAUUCCACAGGGAAGCUGCUCACAAGAAGCCUGGGCCCCGGGGGCAAGAAGGACUGAGGUGGUCUCUGCCCUCCUUUCUAGAACCAGAGCCCUGUGGGGGACCGAGCAGGGCGAGGGCAGGUCCGGCAGUUUCAGGUCCUUGUGAUAAAACCCCCUUGAAUCUGUUCAGACCCAGCCACACUAGUUUCUUGUCUUGUCCACGUUGGAAGAUGCUCCCAGGGGGAGGGGGUGAUGGUGGCGGCCAGAGGCAGGCCUGUGCACCUGUUGGGGGAGAGAGGCCACGACUCCAGUCUGAGCCCUGCUGGGUGAAAGGUCUGGAGACCUUCAGCUGGGGUCCUCUGUCUGGAGCCAGAACCAAGUCCGCUUGACACCAGGUCAAGGCAGAGAGAGGUACGAAACGUGACGAGGACUUUGCUCUCUGAAUUGUGAGUGGAAAAGAAGUGAGCAACUUAGAAUUGUUACAGUUAAUCAGAAAAGCACGAAAGUAGGUCAUGCUUCUCUUUAACUCUUGCUUCAUAGGUGUCCCGUUGGAAAAGUGUUACUGAGCGCUCUUAAGUUUAACUGCUUCAAUAUAGUUUUAUUUUUUAUUACCCUGCUUUUAUUUUUUUUAAGUAAGCUCUGUGCCCAGUGUGGGGCUUGAGCUCACGACCCCGAGAUCAAGAGUCGUGCGCUCUACUGACUGAGCCAGGCUGCUUUUUUAUGCUUCAUCUUAAGUCUUCAUUCUAGAGAACUCCAGGACCUGACCAGGCAUUCCUUGCUUCUAUGGGGAGCGCCGUCUGAAGGCAAGAAGUAGGGAGGAGAAGAAAUUAUGGGCUAGGCCCUGAGAGCUGUACAGACGCCCUGCUCCAGCCUGACCCCCAGGGUCAGGGUCAGGAGAUGGCUCUAGGAUGGGCCAGAGCUCAUGGCCGAGGAGAGCCAAGUGGCCUGAGCUGGGGGGAGGGUGGCUGCCCAGGCACAGAGGAGGAAGCCGCCUGCUUUGUAGUUGGCCGUGCACCUGCCGGGCUUUGGACCCAGGCGGACUGCACUCUGAGGGAGGAGCUACUUUUUCCCUCACUUGACCGCAGAUGCUGAGGCCUGGGGACAAGCAGCUUAGCUCCUUGAGCUGGGCUCACGGGUGGGGCCAUGGGUGGGCCUGCUGUGUACACAGCGGGACAGAGCCUCCCGCUCGUCCCCAGGAGCUCGCCGCCUAUGGCAUUGGCACCGGCAUCCUCUCUGGGUUCAAAUCUGAGUUGCCCCCCCCACAAUUUGCGGGUAGAUGUGUUUUUUUUAAAACUUAAUUCCAGUUAGUUAAGCUGUACGAUACAGUAAUUCAACACUUCCAGGCGUUGCCCCGUGCUCAUCACGACAAGUGCACCAGUUUCUGCCACUUUCAGCUAGGGGACCUUAGAGAAGCUACUGAAUCCAGUCUCCAGAUUUCAUCCCCUCUAAAUAGGAGGUCCCGCUCCAUCAGAAGCUUCUGGUGGGUUUGCAGUGAGACCUUGUGGAAUGGCUCAGCAGAACAUGUGGAACACGGUGGACCACUCAAGCCUGUGGUGCUCAUCCUUCACCCCCAGCUGCGGGAGGGGGUCCUCGGUGAGGACAGCAGCCCAGCUCAAACUCCAACCUGAGAGCCGUGGAUGAGGCUCGUUCCUGUGGGGCCACAGUGACAAGCGACAAGUUCAACCCUCUGCAAAGCUAUUGUAAAGCCCACGUUAGGUGGCAGGCUCUGCACGCCCUUUAUAGGAAAUCUUAGGAUUCAGGAACUGGGUAGAAUAAGGCGAAGCUCGAGGAGGUUAAAUAAGCUGCCCCCCAAAGAUUCAAAGAGACAUUUCACCAAGGAAGAUAACACGGCAAAUGGGCCUGUGAGGAGACGUUUAAGCCAUCGCUGACUGGGGAAAUGUCAAAGCCCAGGGCGGUACCACGGCACAGCCGCUCGCACGACUGGUUUUGGUGGAGCUGGGGUUUACCAGAAAGCGAUGUUGACAAGGAUGUGCAGGAAUGACAGCCCUCCUGUAAAAUGGAGUGGCCACUCUGGCCAACAGUCUGGCAGUUCGGAAAGUUAGUCACCAUAUAAGCGAUGCUAUUCAAGUACCAACCCAGGGGACAGAGCACUUGUCCGCACAAACGCUUGGGCGUGAAUAUCCAGGACAGCAGCAUUCCCAAGAGCCAAGAAGAGGAAACCACCCAAAUGUCUGCCAGCUGGUGAGCGGACACCCACCAGCAUCACAUCCACUCAAGGGAAUAGCGUCCGGUGAUGAUAAGGGAGCGCUGGUCUCGCUACACCAUGAAGGUGCCCAGAAACAUCACCGGAAGCGAAAACCCAGUCGCUGUUGGCCGCACAUUCUGUAUGAUUCCGUGAAUUGGAAAUGGCCAGGAACUGUGCGGUCUGCAGCGCCAGAUUGUGGCUGCCCAGGGCCGGGUGGGAAUGGGAGGAACACGGGGUUUCUGCUGGGAGCCACGAGGUGAUUGAAGAGGCGAUGGUUGCACUACUGUGGACAUACAUGAUCACCGAACUGUAUAUUUAAGUGGGUGGAUUUUAAGGACUGUAAUUCACACUAAUGCUUUAAGAAAAGAAAGGAAGUUUCCCCAGGUUAAUACCAGGACUCAGGUCCAUGCCUGAUACUGAAUCCUGUCCUCUCAGCACCGUGCCUGAUGGCGAGCGGUCCUUGGGGACUGGAGACUGUCCCCUCAUCUCUCCCCCGCCCCCUCAAGGCCACCCCCUCCCAGGCCUAAAUCCACCAACGUACAUUUACUGAGGACCUAUGCCUUGGUGCCUGCGGUCUGCUUGGCUCGGGUGAAUCCUCACCUGCUAAGGACCCCUGUCCUUCACUUCUGAGCUUCCGCCCCGCACGGUUGGGCUGGACUUGAAUGAAGGUGGCUGUGGCCGCAGUCCUCCAGGGAGAGGGGGGAGAGGCUCAGGCCUUAGGGAACAGUUCUGCUCUGCUCUCCCCGGCACCUUGGGCUGCCCACCUUCUCACCGCGGGCUGAGGGGUCCCGGAGCUGGGGCCUGAGCUUCAGGUGGUCACAGCCAGGGGCUGGGGACUCCCCACGAGGUCAAGGGGGCCCCCCGAGUAUCAGGCCCUGGCCAGGUUGAGAGCUUGUGGCCUGAGCUGCCUGGAAGGCACUUGAGCGUCCCCUGCAAGCCUUCCAAGAGUAAGAGCUGGUGUUCGAGGCUAGCGCGGCCUCUCCGAGAAGUCCAUGCCGAACGCUCCCUCUGCCAAGUGCCCGUGAGGCCUGGGAGCCCCCUGGUCAGCAAGACUGUCCUUGCUCGGAGACACACAGAGGCUCAGGACAGAUGUAGACACAGGACAUGUGGAAAACAGGGCAGAGAGAGAGAGUAAGGAAGGGGGUAACCAGGCCCCCACCCCCAGCCCACCAGGACUCUUGGGGCGCUGGGCCUAGAGCGGGCCUCAAUCCCCACGUCACAACUGGCUUCUCUCAGGACCCCCAGAACUGCCUUACCUGCUGCCUCCAUGUUGCUUUCCCGUAAAACGGGGCACGAAUCUCGGCCCCGACUGUUCCCAGUUGUUACCUUGGGGGAGUGGAGCUGAGGCUGGUUCUCACUUGAUUUUCUUCCUUUUACUUUAGAUCGUGGCUGGCAACAUGCAGGCCCCACCUUUUUAAAUCCAUAGUUAAAGGAUUAAAAAAUGGGGCACCUGGGGGGGGGCUCAGUCGGUUAAGUAUCCGACUCUUGGUUUCAGCU